AUGUGGAAAACCAAACUUUUAAAAAAAGGCACAGAUAGUAUGAUGUUUCGCGUUGCAAUACGCGCUUCUGCUUUGAGAGCUGCUGGGGUUUCGCGAAAUUUAUCUAGUUCUAGUAGUUCGCCCCUUCGAUCCGCCGCCGCCUCUUCUAGUUUCAAUCAACGUAGAAACUAUUCGUUAUGGGGUUUACUAGCUGCAAGUUCACUGAUCGGUUCUAUCUCCUAUUAUCAAUACAAAACUUGGCUCCAAAAUAAAGUCGAAUGUGGUGCUCUUGACGAAGAUAUCAGAAUUAGAUUGAAAGGAGAAGUAACAGAUUCUUCGCCAAUGCGUCUUCGCAUGGAACAAUUUGUGAAGUCAUUGCAAAAAAAAAUUGUUUCGGAAUUAGAAGCAGUCGAUGGGAAAAAAUUUCAACGUGAUGCAUGGGAACGAGCAGAAGGUGGCGAUGGGAUUUCAUAUGUACUACAAGAAGGCAACGUUUUUGAAAAAGCUGGGGUGCUUGUUUCCAUAGUGUAUGGGGAACUGCCGUCCGCCGCUGUUCAACAGAUGAAAUCUCGACAUGAAGAUCUUGAUCCGGAAAAUGGUCCGUUCCCAUUUUUCGCGUCUGGGAUUUCUAUUGUUCUUCACCCACACAAUCCAAUGGCACCUACCAUUCACUUAAAUUAUCGGUACUUUGAAAUCGGGAAUGAGGAUGGAACGCCUAGAAUUUGGUGGUUUGGUGGUGGUUCAGAUCUCACCCCCGCCUAUUUAUUCGACGAGGAUGCCACGCAUUUCCACCGAGUACUUAAAGACGCAUGCGACAAACACGAUCCAAACUAUUAUCCGAAAUUCAAAACAUGGUGUGACAAGUACUUUUAUUUGAAGCAUCGUCAAGAAGCGCGUGGAAUUGGCGGAAUAUUUUUCGAUGAUCAAAACGAUCGAUCACCCGAGAAACUUUUCAACUUUGUAAAAGAUUGCGGAAAUGCGUUCUUACCAUCCUACAUCCCAAUAGUGAAACGACGCAAAGAUAUGCCAUUUACAAAAGAAGAAAAACUAUGGCAACAAUUACGAAGAGGUCGUUACGUGGAGUUCAAUCUUGUUUGGGAUCGUGGCACAAAAUUUGGCUUGCAGACUCCCGGGUCGAGGAUUGAAAGUAUCCUUGUAAGUUUACCGUUGACUGCUACUUGGAUGUAUAAUCAUUCGCCUUUAGCAAAUUCUCGUGAGAAACAAUUGAUUGAAGUCUUGAAGAAUCCUAAAGAUUGGAUAUAA